AUGGAGAUAAAGAUCAAUCUUGUGCAUGAAUUAAGAAUGAAGCAGUUGGAUAUUGAGUAUGAAUUAAGGAUGAAGCAGUUGGAUGUCGAGCAUAAAUUAAGAAUAAAGCAAUCUACUAUUGAACAUGAAUUGAGAAUGAAGUUAUUAUCUGCUGAAUAUGAAUUAAAAAUGAAACAAAUAGAGUUUAAACAAAUAAAACUUUCUUUUAUGG